AUUGUCGUCGGUAAUUUUAGGACAAAAAACGAUAAAGCAGCAAAUAUUGCAGGAUGAAAGAGCCACGUUUCGCCAACCCGUGGUGUAUCCAGUGCAUACUAUAAUACGUACGAGAUCAUAUUUGCAUAUGUCCUACCGAACCUCUCUCUCUCUCUCUCUCUCUCUCUCUCUCUCUCUCUCACUCACUCACACGGACACUUUGUGUGAUGCUCUACCUUGCCAGCCUUUGAGUGUGAGGGGAUGCGGAAAGUGACUGACAGGCAACAAAAGAGCAUGAAGCGGAACCUGAGCGCCAGCAGGAACUCAUCGUGGGGCCGCCAGGAGGACAACUUCACCUACGUGGACUUCUACCUCCACCGGCCGUCGGUGGCGGCGGCGCUCGCCGCGUCCUACCUGCUCAUCUUCCUGCUGUGCAUGCUGGGUAACGGCGCGGUUUGCUUGACGGUGCUGCGGCGCAGGAGCACGCGAACCGUCACCGACCUGUUCAUCCUCAACCUGGCCGUCAGCGACUUGCUGGUGGGCAUCUUCUGCAUGCCCACCACCCUGGCGGACAACAUCAUCACAGGAUGGCCUUUUGGGAACAUCGUGUGCAAACUAAGCGGGACGGUCCAGGGAAUCUCCGUGUCGGCGUCCGUCUUCACGCUGGUGGCGAUCGCUGUUGACCGGUUCCGCUGCAUCGUGUACCCUUUCAAGCGGAAGCUGACCAUCGCCACGUCCAAGCUCAUCAUCGUCGUCAUCUGGGCGCUGGCGGCGUCCAUCUCGUGCCCGUCGGGCGUCACGCUGCACGCGGCCCGGGAGCCCGGCGUGCGCAUCGUCCUCCGGCGCCGCCACGACAGCCGCCCCUUGUACUGGUGCCGGGAGAACUGGCCCAGUCCGGACAUGCGCAAAGUCUACACCACCGUGCUCUUCGUCAACAUCUACCUCGCCCCGCUCGCCCUCAUCGUGGUCGUGUACGCCCGCAUCGGCCUGACGCUGUUCAGAAGCGCCCGGCCGAUGCGGGCGUCUCCCAGGGGUGGCGGGACGGGACCCGGUACGGAGGCCCGGCACGCCGUCUCCGGGAAGAAGAAGCGCGUGAUCGCGAUGCUCCUGGUGGUGGCGCUGCUCUUCAUCCUGUCCUGGUUGCCGCUGUGGACGCUGAUGAUGCUGAGCGACUACGCCAGCCUGACCGAGGGCCAGUACCGCGUGAUCAACAUCUACCUGUACCCGCUGGCGCACUGGCUGGCCUUCUCCAACAGCAGCCUCAACCCCAUCGUCUACGGCUUCUUCAACGAGAACUUCCGACGGGGCUUUCGGGCCGCCUUUAAACUUCAGCUGUGCGCCGCCGUCGCCGAGCGCCAGAGGAGCUUUUCCCUCCGCUCCCUGGGGAACGCCGUCCUCCCGUUUCGGCCCGCAGUCGCGGGGAGCUCGGCCUCGGCGAGCAAGGGGAGGAGUCGGGAGGCCUCGAGGGACCGGGCCAGAGACCGGGACCUGAUAGUGGAGGAUCUGUAGAAGGUUUCACAUUUUCCUGAAACCAUCCAUUUUCUGUCCUGUUCCAGGUCGCAGGGAAGCAGAAGUGAAGGCAACGGCGACAAAACUACUGCAUGAAUUGAUCGGUCGGCAGUCAAUCCGGUUCGGUCACUCGUCGAUCUGGAUCGGCUGCCGGUCAAUCCGGAUCCAGUCAAUCUACUGUUCGUAAAUCAGAUUGGAUCGUUCUCAAAUCAAUCCGAAUGUGCUUUAAAUCAACCUGAAUUGGUCACAAAAUCAAUCUGCACAGGUCACCAGUUCGUCCACAAGGCAAAUCGUGUCCAGCCUAUCGACUCGGAUUUAGUCCAUCUGGAUCGGUUGCCUGUCGAUCCAAAUCGGUCAGCAGUUUAUCUCUCGGUAAUCCAAGUUAUCUGAACUGUUGGCGAAAAGGCCGGCAAACUCUCUUGGUCGCAAGUCAAUCAGACUGAAGUCAAUCUGAUGGUUUCGCCGGCUGUUCGUCGCCUUUGCACACUGCGGCUCGUAUCGCAAAAUCCAUCAAGCGCUGUUUGUUUACAUCGUGAUGUUUGCUGUUCGAUAUUGGUUGUAUAGUAUAUUCUAUAUAUCGUUACAGAACGCGUAUGCAUAAAUAUAGACGU